AUGGCACUCCCUAAGCCGACCUGGGGUGAGAUGCUGUAUGGCGACGAAAUGCCUGAGACGUGCGCUGCAGAACCCCGAGAUCCGGGUAUCCUAACUGUUGCGGAGACCCAAGAAGGGAUACUAAGCAUUCCCCGUGCCAGCUGGUGCGACAGAGGCGGCUGGAGUACCCACUCCGCUGCCCAGGAAGAGAGGUACAUUCGAAGGCCUCAAUCCGAUGGUGCCAACGGAGAUGACGGCCCACGCUGGUACCAGCGGGCCAUAGAAGAUUGGGCAACUCAUGUGUGGGUCCGACCACAGUCCAGAGAUCCAAUUCUAGAGCGGAGAAGAUUGACCGUGAUGUGGCUCUUGGUUGAGAGGGGGAUAGGCUUCCCCCGGGACGACAAGACUGGUUUCCCAAGCAUUGACGGAGAACGAUGGCGCCAGCUCCGCAGGUUCACCAUCACCUCCCUGAGGAAUUUUGGAAUGGGGAAGACGUCCAUGGAAAGGCGGGUGCUUGAAGAAUCUGAAAACCUGAUCAGAGCUGUGACAAAGAUAGAAGGAAAACCGUUCAAUGCCCUUAACCUCCUGGGCUGCGCUGUGGGGAAUAUUACCAGCUGUGCCCUGCUGGGGGAGCACUUUGACUAUAACGACCCAAAGUUACAGGAGCUGAUUAUAACUACAAGGAGAUUCAUCUUCAAUACCCACUCACCCUUACACGAGCUCGGAAACACUUUCCCUUUUCUCCUAAACAUCCCAAUUCUAAAGGAGAAAAUCUUCAAGGAAAGUUCUAAGUUGAUCUCAUUUGUCAAAAAGUACAUUGAGCAGCACAGAAAGAGCCUGGACCCCAGCGCUCCCCGGGAUUUCAUUGACUACUUCCUGCUGAAGAUCAAAGAGGAAGAAGCCAGGUCCGGGAGCAAUUUCAGUGAGACCAGCCUGCUGAUGACCCUCAUUGCCCUCCUUGCAGCUGGAACUGAGACUACGACCUCGACCCUCAAUUUCGCUCUUAAUGUAAUUAGCAAUUACCCAGAAGUCCAGGGUAAAGUCCAGCAGGAGAUUGAUGAAGUCACCGGGUCGCAGCGUCCUCCUGGAAUUAUGGACAGGGCACAGAUGCCAUACACCAACGCCGUCAUCCAUGAGGUACAGAGGAUCAUGGACCUCGCACCAGUGGCUCACUAUCAUGCAGUGACCAAGGAGACUCAUUUCCGAGGAUACACCAUCCCCAAGGGGACGACAGUAAUCCCGUUCAUAUCGUCAGUGCUGUCUGACCCCACCCAGUGGGAGACCCCUGAAGAUUUCAAUCCUGGGCAUUUCCUGGAUGAGAAGGGGCAGUUUCGGCUAAGAUCGGCCUUCAUGGCUUUUUCUGCAGGGAAGCGUAUCUGUGCCGGAGAGAACCUGGCCCGCAUGGAGCUCUUCCUGCUCUUCACUUCUCUGCUCCAGAAAUUCACCCUCACCCUCCCACCGGGGACAGAACCUCAGGACUGUAGGAAACUCAAGCAGAACAAGUUUAAAACUCUGUUUCUCUCCCAUAUUUGUGCUGAACCUAGGUCCUCCACAGCCUAAGCAGAGGAGGUGCGAGGCACCAAGGCCAAAGAAUAGGAGGCGUGACUGCUCCAGUUUUG